AAUCAGAGAGCACCUUUUGCCCUGCCCUCGCCGUCAGCGCCCAGGCGGAAGGAUCCCGUGGGCGCUGGCUCCGCCCCACCCCGCCCCUCGCUCCCCUGGGAGGGAAGGCUUGGGGCGGGGGUGGGGGGGUGGGGGCGUGGUCAUAGCCGUAUAAGAACGGAGGGGGGCGGCGGCGGGACCGUUCACUCGGUGCCGCUGCCUGGGGGCUGUAGUGACCGCGCCGCUCCUGCUGGGGGCUGCCCACGCCAAGGACCGGCCUCUGUCGUCUCCUCUUCCGCCUCCCAGGGAGGCAGUCUGGCUGUACCAGCAGGGGUUCUGUCCUUUGACAUUCUUGUUUGUGAAGAUGGAAAACUUAAUAUCUCUGGAGUCAAGCUUUUACUUGAGAUAACUGAAACCUUGUGUCUUAAGUUUCCCUGCCAGCUCGCCCCCCAAGAUGUCAGAGGAGAGCAGCAAUACCAGGGACUGCAUGUCCUUCAGCGUGCUCAACUGGGAUCAGGUGAGCCGGCUGCAUGAGGUCCUGACCGAGGUCGUCCCCAUCCACGGACGAGGCAACUUUCCAACCUUGGAGAUAACACUGAAGGACAUCGUCCAGACCGUGCGCAGCCGGUUGGAGGAGGCGGGCAUCAGAGUGCAGGACGUCCGGCUGAACGGCUCUGCAGCAGGCCACGUCCUGGUCAAAGACAACGGCCUGGGCUGCAAAGACCUGGACCUGAUCUUUCACGUGGCUCUUCCCACGGAGGCCGAAUUUCAGCUGGUCAGGGACGUGGUGCUGUGCUCCCUUCUGAACUUCCUGCCGGAGGGCGUGAACAAGCUCAAAAUCAGCCCGGUCACUCUGAAGGAGGCGUACGUGCAGAAGCUGGUGAAGGUGUGCACAGACACGGACCGCUGGAGCCUGAUCUCCCUCUCCAACAAGAACGGCAGGAAUGUGGAGCUCAAGUUCGUCGACUCCAUCCGGCGCCAGUUUGAGUUCAGCGUGGACUCUUUUCAGAUCAUUCUGGACUCCCUGCUCUUCUUCUACGACUGCUCCAGCAGCCCCAUCUCUGAGCACGUCUACCCCACGGUGAUCGGGGAGAGCAUGUACGGGGACUUCGAGGAAGCUUUCGACCACCUGCAGAACAGACUGAUUGCCACCAAGAACCCCGAAGAGAUCAGGGGCGGGGGACUGCUCAAGUACAGCAACCUCCUCGUGCGGGACUUCCGGCCCACAGACCAGGAGGAGAUCAAAACUCUUGAGCGUUACAUGUGCUCCAGGUUCUUCAUUGACUUCCCGGACAUCCUCGAACAGCAAAGGAAGCUGGAGACCUACCUUCAAAACCACUUUGCCGAAGAAGAGAGGAGCAAGUAUGACUACCUCAUGAUCCUUCGCAGGGUUGUGAACGAGAGCACCGUGUGCCUCAUGGGGCACGAGCGGAGGCAGACCCUGAACCUCAUCUCCCUCCUGGCCUUGCGCGUGCUGGCGGAGCAAAACAUCAUCCCCAACGCCACCAAUGUCACCUGUUACUACCAGCCAGCUCCCUACGUCAGUGAUGGCAACUUCAACAACUACUAUGUGGCCCACCCUCCAGUCACCUACAGUCAGCCGUACCCUACCUGGCUGCCCUGUAGCUAAGCUUGAGACCUGAGGGCUUCCACAGUGGGAACCCCAAUAGGGCAAAGGCUCUCAGGGAAGGGAGCCUCCUUCUAGGUGUAGGUGUUUGGCUUUUAAAGGGGAACUCAGCUCUGAUUCUGCUCUUUUUUUUCUUUGUGCACCCAUUGGAAUGGGUCUACAGUCUAUCAUGAGCCAACCCUGAAGGGACCCGAUAUUCCAGUGCCACUUUGGAAAAUGCUAUAGGAAGGACCACCUCUCCACAUCUUUCCAGGAUAGACACUAACAUGCCAUGUCCCCAACACACGCACGGGGAGAUUGGAGCUCCGUGCACUAAUGGAAUCUGGGAGAAAGCUUGGGCAGUGUCUCUUCUCAUUCAAGCCUAGAGUAGGCUCUGUUGGCCCUCACAGGAUUCUCAGCUGUUCUAUGAGAGUUGUGGUUGCAGUCUAUUUUCUUGUACCGAUUUUAGCCAGGCAGCAAAUGGUGGACAUGAGAGUGGUCUCGUGACUUCAUUUUUGUUCAAGGGACUGAAUAUUGCUUAUGUUUAUUCCCUGUUAGAGCUGAGGGUUUCUUUCCUGAACAAACCAAAGCUGGUAGCUGGAGAAUUAAGAUCUGGUUGACAGUGGUUUAUGGUUUAGAUGCUGUGCUCUCACGAGGAAUUGUGAGAUAUUGCUGAGGAAAAAAAAAAUGACCUUUGCUUGAAAUGUAACUUGAAAACAAAAUAAAAUGUGGAACAUAAUGUUAAAGCAGAAUUGUGGUGGUGGCGGUGGGGUGGGGGAGGGGGUGAUUGUAAAUAGGAAACGUGAAUGUUCAGUUUUUUUUUUUUUUUCUUUAAGGAAUUCUUAUUGAAUGACACUUUCCCCCCCUUGCCUUAGCAGCUCAUCACUUUAGUUUUGCUCUUCCUAAGACUAAGGAUUGUGCUGAGUCUAGAGUCCUAGUAGUGAGAGGGUCUUCCCAUGUUUUAAUUGGAAACCUGUUUUGGUCACAUUCCCAGUAUGACAAGCUGUUUUUCUGGAGUAGCGGGGCUGAUUGUUUUUUGUUUGUUUUUAUUCUUUCUUCAAAAAAUAGUGAUUUCUUCUCCAGGCUGUUUUUGGGCUGCAGAUGAAUUCAGGAUUUUCAGUAGAAAGGAAUGACCUGUGGAAUGACCUGCUGUUGUGGGCAGAGUUCUCUGGCUCACGAUUGCUUUAGAAUUGAACCCGCUGUCCCUGUGCUGUGUGCGAGGUGGAGGUUUAGGGCUCAUUUGGGCUUGGUGUGCACUGGAGCUGCCAGGGCUCCUUGAAUGAUUAAUUCUGGGGGAUUUGGGAAAGAAUGAAGUAAAUGGAGAAUGGUCUUCCUUAUUCUGAUAGACUUGACCGUACUUGUGUCUGUUGUGCACUUUAGAAGGAAAACAGUGUUAAUCUCCAGUCCAAAGCAAGCUUGGUAAAUGGGAGAGUUCUAGGCUACUGCUUUCCCAGUCAUUCAGAUAAGGAAUUUUUUGUGUUUUGAAACUUUUCUGGGAUCUCUUAGGAAGCAUCGCUCUAGGGUAUUGAGGGCACAGGAACUCAGUAUGGCCAACCAGCUUGGUCUAUAAAGUGAUUUCAUCAAAUCCAUGCUCCUGAUUUUUUUUCUUCCGUGGCCAGAAAAACCCCAAGCCCUGAGUGAUUGCUUUCCUUUUUCCUUGCCUUACACAAUGAAGAUACUUUAAAAAAGAAAGGCUUAGCAGAAAACAAGUGGUUUCCCUUUUUCUGAAGAUGGUAUUUUCAGGGUUUUUUUGGGAAUGUGAGGUCUUGGUCCUCUUAAAAGCAGAUAGGGCAUGACUGAGCCUCAGGGUCCAGCUGGUAUCCGUGUUGUGUUACAUUAGGUGAAUAGAAACCACUUCUGUGUGUAAGUGACCGGCUCCGGUUUGCCUGUGAACCGUAGUUACAUUUGAAUGCUCUGGCUUUGAGUCUAGGCUAGUUCCAUACUGAGGGGGUGCCCAGCAUGCUUCAGGGUUAAAAGGGGGGAAUGAAGAAUGAACCCUAACUUUAAAAACUAUGUACUCAUCCAUAACAUUAAAAGGCUGCCAUUGUGGUCUAAAGGCAACAUCUUUGUGCAGAACUGACAGAUCUGAUUAACCAAAACUUUGAGAUGUGAUGAAGCCACCAACAUAAGCACUUGCUAACAGAAGUCAGUGUUGCUCCUACUAGAAGGCUUGAGGAUCAGGGGGAUGAGGCUCCAGAUGAAAAUAGAAUCAGAACCACAUCAAGUAAUUAAAUUUCCACUUUGCCCUUGGAGUUUUUUCUGCAUAUAUAUAUAUAUAUAUUUUGUUUGUUUGUUUUUUGUUUUUUGUUUUUCUUUUGCUGUUACUAGUCGUCCUCUGAGGAUGAAGGGAAGCCCAGAAAUGGUUAGAAAUUCCCAGUCAACCCCCUACCCCCCGCACCAGUUCUUUACCACCAUUGCACCAUGACCAUCUUAGUGCAAUCUGUUCACCUGAAGUUCUUAGCCCUGCCAUUUGGGAGUUUGAAAGUAGACACGUGUUCUAGAAUGUUCUACUACAUCAGGGUAAAAAGCUGCACUGACCAAAGCUGAGCUUUUAAAACAUCACCCUGGUCCAGUGGUGUCUCUACCUGUUCUGCAAGGCCUUUGCCGGCCUCAGAAUAGAUUGGAUAACCUUGAAUUUCAGGUGUUUGGAAAUUCCAGCUGAAACCUGCCUUUCAUGCUGCUCACACAAGCACCAGGUCCCCUGAACUGGUACUGAGACCUGUGGUUCCUCUUUUUGUGUGUGUUGAGUAACAUGAAACUUGGCAGUGGUCAAGGGCACUAAAGUUCAAGUACAAAUUCUAAUAUAAAUCUAAGCAGUCUCAUUUGCUUCAGGACUCUGAAGUUCUCUAAUGCUUUCUGCAAGUAUGCAGCUUGUUUUCCUGGCCUGCUUCUUGGAAUCCAUUUGAGCGGCAGUGAGAUUAAAACAGUACCGUUUCCCCUCGUGUUGGCAGAAAGGCACAGCCUGAAUUCCUGGCCUUAGGCUUCAGUCUCACCCUUACAUUUUACUUUGGCAGUAAGACACGAUUCCUCACUCAACUUCAGCUCUGAAACUAAACUCUAUCACGGACACCUUCCAAAGCGGGUUCCUGCUAAGUCCACGUGGGCUGGGGUGCUGCCCACACCUGGGAGCACCUGGCAGCUGGGGAGAAUCAGGGAGGAAAGAUGCUGGGGCCCUGCUGUGUGCUGACAGAUGUGGCUUGGUGUUCGAGUUCUCCCCUCUCCGCACCCCACCUGAUUUUUUUCCCCAGGGAUUUGAGUCACUGCAAGCUGUGUAUAAACCCAUGUUUUGUGGUGACAUAUUAAUAAUCAUAUCGCAUUAAUAAUCACAGUGCCCCAAAUCUGCUUAUCCUUCUGCCUCCCUUCGAGCACUAGCUCCUUCCCUUCAUGGUAGGUUGGGAUUUUAACUAGCACUGCUUUGUUAACUUUGGGAAAUGGUGCCACUCAAGAGUGACUUCCUUAGUUUAGGAAUACCUUCUUUCUAGUGAACUUGCAAGUACUGCUGCCUGGUUUCGGGAUGCUCCUAGAUUCUGGGCUCAGAUAUAUUGCUAGUUAUCCACCUGUGGGAAGAGACCCUGUAGCUCCCCAGGGCCAUGAUUUCCUGGGUAUCACUCUGGGGCUCUCUCUGAAGGAGAACCCUUUGGUUGGAUUCUGUAAGGUGAAGGACUCCUGUUUGCCAGGGUUGGAGUCCGAUCCUUAAUCUGGCAGAGACCAGGAUGUCGCAGCUCAUUCUGGAACCUACUGAAGUUUAGCCAAUUACUUUCAGAGGACCAAGGGAGGAUGGGUUUUAAAAGACCUGGCAACUUUUCAGGAUUACUUGUGGAGACUCCUAAAGGUGAGGAUCAGGAAAGAAAAUGUGUUUUUGUUUUUGUUUUGUUUUGGUGAGUUUUCAAUCUUGUUUACCUAUCACUUUUUCAAAAAUAGUUUAAGUGUAAGCUAAAGAAAAUGCUUGGAGGUUUGCCUAGGCUGGUGAGAGUUGGUAAAAAUUGUCAUGUGUGUUUGUAUAGGAAGGUGAGAAGAUGGUCCACUAAAGAGGAAGUCGUUAAAUAAUAUGGAUAUGUGGGCGUUUUAAAUCUCAAGUCAUCUGGUCUCUACCCCCUCAAAGGAUUACAAAAAAUAGCUGCUUUAGGAAAAUUAAGAGUAUUUAUCCAGUCAUUUCCAAAUUAAUAAAGAUGAAAAGUAAGAUACUCAUUAGACUGAAUUGGAAACAUUUUGUUAUUCUCGAUUUGCCUUUGAAAUACAAAGUUCUUAGUGAUGCCUACAAUAUGUGAGGCUUCCUCUUUGGUGUGAUGUCACUGACCUUCUUAUGUGAUGAAGGUGAAAUCACUUGUCAAUGCAAACUGUAUUAGAAGUUGAUGAAAUAAAGCUUUGAGUUUGAGAAAUAAAGAUAUAUU